GUAUUCAAAUCACAGAAGCAAGAGGCAAGCUAGGGUCUGUUACCUCACUGCUGAUUUCCCUGGCAAAUAAACCAGCAGCUGCUGGUCCAUGAACCAAGUUACCACCAGGACCAGGGCACUGUGUGCAUGGAACAGGAUGCAUUCAUGGAACCCUUCAGCAGCACGGCUGGGGUCCUUCGGUGCAAGAUAUACCUCCUUCUCUUAGCAGGUGCUUGCUCAGGGCUGAAGGUGGCGGUGCCGUCGCAGACCGUCCAUGGCAUCAGGGGUCAGGCUCUCUAUCUCCCCGUGCACUAUGGAUUCCACACUCCAGCAUCAGACAUCCAGGUCAUAUGGCUUUUUGAGAGACCCCAUACGAUGCCCAAGUACUUGCUGGGCUCUGUGAACAAGUCUGUGGUUCCCGACUUGGAAUACCAGCACAAAUUCACCAUGAUGCCACCCAAUGCCUCCCUGCUCAUCAACCCACUGCAGUUCACCGAUGAAGGCAAUUACAUUGUGAAGAUCAACAUCCAGGGAAACGGAACUCUGUCAGCUAGUCAGAAGAUUCAAGUCACGGUUGAUGACCCUGUCACGAAACCAGUGGUGCAGGUUCAGCCUUCCUCUGGGGCUGUGGAGUACGUGGGAAACAUGACUCUGACAUGCCUCGUGGAAGGGGGCAGCCGGCGCGUUUACCAGUGGCUGAAGAAUGGGAGGCCUGUCCACACCAGCUCCACCAACUCCUUCUCUCUUCAGAACAACAGCCUUCAUAUUGCUCCAGUGACCAAAGAAGACAUUGGGAAUUACAGUUGUCUGGUGAAGAACCCUGUCAGUAAGAUGGAAAGCGACAUCAUUAUGCCUACCAUAUACUAUGGACCUUAUGGACUUCGAGUUAAUUCUGAUAGAGGACUAAAAGUAGGGGAAGUGUUCACUGUGGAUAUUGGAGAAGCCAUCUUGUUUGAUUGUUCUGCUGAUUCUUAUCCUCCCAACACCUACUCCUGGAUCCAGAGGACAAACAAUGCCACAUAUGUCAUUAAGCAUGGUCCUCGCUUGGAAGUUGCAUCCGAGAAAAUAGCCCAGAAGACAACCGACUAUGUGUGCUGUGCUUACAACAACAUAACUGGAAGGCGAGAUGAAACUCACUUCACCAUCAUCAUCACUUCUGUAGGAAUAGAGAAGCUUGCACAGAAAGGGAAAUCAUUAUCCCCUUUAGCAAGUAUAACUGGAAUAUCACUCUUUUUGAUUAUAUCCAUGUGUCUUCUUCUCUUAUGGAAAAAAUUUCAACCCUACAAAGUUAUAAAACAAAAGCUAGAAGGCAGGCCAGAAACAGAAUACAGGAAAGCACGAACAUUUUCAGGCCACGAGGAUGCGCUGGAUGACUUUGGAAUAUACGAAUUUGUUGCUUUCCCAGAUGCUUCUGGUGUUUCCAGGAUGCCCACGAGAUCUGUUCCAGCCUCUGAUGGUGUACCAGGGCAAGAUCUGCACAGUACAAUUUACGAAGUUAUUCAGCACAUCCCUGCCCAACAGCAAGAUCAUCCAGAGUAAGCAUUCACGGGCAAAGCAGUGCAUUUAAGUGAAAUAAGGAAAGCACAUUUUGAGGAAAGCAGUGGAAAUGUAUAUUCAUCUGGAAUCAGUGAAGAAAUCAAGCCAGAUACCUCUUACUCAUUGGUCCUUUUAAUGCAGAAUAAAGUCAUUUAUAAAAAUCUGACCGCAGAUUUUCCAGCAUACACACAAUGCAUUGUGCAGCAGAGGAGCGUGGUGGGGCAAGAGUUCCCAGAGGACAGCCUUUAUCGUGCUGACAGAAGAAAGAAAAGGACGGGACUUUCCAAUUACUCUUUUUGUAUCAUGUUUCCUACAAAGCUCAAUUAGUUCUAAUCUAUACUUUCCCUUUCCUCAGCACCGACACUAUCCUAUCUAACCUACAAGUGUGGAAACUUUUAUUUGUAAAAUCUUCAGCAGGCUUUGUUUUAUUAAAUUUUAAAUUGCUACACUUUUAAAUUUUCAUUCCCAAAUUUCCUUCUUGCUGUUUGUACCAUGGAAUAAUAAAGAUGAUUGUCACAAAAGCAAGAGUGUGCCUUCUCCUAGGUCAUCAAUCACCAAUGGAGUUUUUUACAAGACUUGUAAAACACUGAAGGAAAUGACUUAUUAAAGUCUGAUUUUUACUUUUGUUCAAGGAACAGAGGAUUCAAAUAAAUUAUUAUGCUUUUGCUUAUAUAUAGCCUUGAUUCUUUGUCUUGCAGAGUAAAAAUCUUACAUAAAUUGACAUUAUAGAAUUAGAUUUUUUUAAUCCCUUUUCCCCGGUGUGCCAAAAUAAGACUCUUGCUCUCACAUGGCUAUUUACUUUUCAGGCUAGAAAUUUUUACUUUAUUGGAUUGUGACUUCUCCUUGUAUAUUGCUGUAUUCUAAAAAACAAAAACAGGAACCAAAUGGUAGAAUUUAAAAACACCACUUUAUAACUCCCAAAUGAAAUAACUGAUUCGGAUAACAGUUAGCACUAGGCAAGACUGCUAGAUAAAAUUUACCAGAUCAAACUACCAAGAAUCCUGUUGCGGAAACCCUUCGUAGGAAAGGUGGUCGCGGCCCAGAGAGAAGCAGGUCUGCAGAGUGGCACAGAGAGC